AUGAAUAGAAAUGCACAAGAUCCUCCACCACCACAAAAUCCACCUGUGAAUGGAGAUAUGGCAGGUGAAGGAGCAGCAAACCGAGCAGGAGAAAUUCCUAAUCGGAUCCUUCUAGCAGAUAAUCGAGAUGUAGCCAUGCGGAAUUAUGUCACUCGUGCGUUCCACAACCUAAAUUCAGGGAUAAAUAAUCUUUUACCCCAAGCCGCACAGGUCGAGCUCAAGCCAGUCAUGUUCCACAUGUUACAGACGAUGGGCCAGUUCGGAGGAUUGACUAAUGAAGAUCCUUACUCCCAUCUCAAAUCCUUUAUUGAAAUAGCUAAUGCAUUUCAACUUCCUGGUGUUUCUGAGAAUGCACUAAGAUUAAAAAUAGGAUUGGAUCGUUCAUCAAGGAUGAUGUUGAACACCGCAGCCAAUGGCUCGUUGUUAGAGAAGUCGGUAAAUGAGAUCGUUGAUAUCUUGAAUAAGAUGAUAGACAUUAAUGACCAAGGCGAAAGAGGAAGGUCAUUAUCAAAGAAGCAAGUAUCAGCUGGAAUCUUUGAGUUAGACACAGUAGCUUUAAUGCAAGCUCAAAUGGCGGCUAUGAACCAAAUGUUAAAGCAGUUUACAAUGGAGAAGGAAACCAAAACCGUCACUUCGUUGCAUAUCAAUAUACCACUCAUAGAUGCUCUAGAACAAAUGCCUAACUACACUAAGUUUUUAAAGGACAUCAUAUCUAGGCGUAAGAAGUUAGGUGAGCAUGAGACGGUAGCCUUGACAAAGUGUAGCAGAGCCACCAAUUCUAUCGAGUGCCAAAAGAGGCUUAACCCGAAAAUGAAAGAGGUGGUCAAAAACGAAAUCAUAAAAUGGUUAGAUGCUGGAGUGAUCUACCCCAUUUCAGGUAGCAGUUGGGUUAACCCGGUUCAAUGCGUUCCCAAGAAGGGUGGUAUGACGGUGAUUACAAACGACGACAACAAGUUGAUCCCAACUGGAACGGUGACUAGUUGGAGAGUGUGUAUGGACUGCCGUCGGUUAAACAAGGUAACUCGAAAAUACCAUUUUCCAUUACCCUUUAUUGACCAAAUGCUUGAUCGUCUUGCAGGGAAGGAAUGUUAUUGUUUCCUCGAUGGGUAUUCGGGUUACAACCAGAUUACUAUAGCUCCGAAGGACCAAGAAAAGACCACGUUCACGUGUCCCUAUGGGACAUUUGCAUUCCGGAGAAUGUCGUUCGGUCUUUGUAAUGCUCCCGCUACCUUCCAAAGAUGCAUGAUCGCUAUUUUUUCAGACAUGUUAGAAAGCACGGUAGAGAUUUUUAUGGAUGAUUUUUCUGUGUUUGGUGAGUCGUUUGAUGUUUGUUUAGAGAACUUAGAGAAUGUUUUAAAAAGGUGUGAAGAGACUAACCUUGUGCUUAAUUGGGAGAAGUGACAUUUUAUGGUGGGUGAAGGUACAGUCUUAGGUCACAGAAUUUCAGAAAAAGGAAUUGAGGUCGAUACGGCUAAAAUAGAUGUGAUUGCUAAACUACCCCGUCCUAUAACUGUAAAAGGUGUUAGAAGUUUCUUAGGACACGCGGGUUUCUACCGCCGUUUUAUAAAAGAUUUUGCAAAAAUUUCUAAGCCCUUGUGUCAGUUGUUGGAAGUGGAUCAACCCUUUGUUUUUUAUGAACAUUGUUUGAAAGCUUUUGAGACACUUAAGAAAGCACUUAGCUCAGCACCUAUCAUAAUUGAACYAKAUUGGAAYUUKCCAWUUGAACUAAUGUGUGAUGCAAGUGAUUUUGCUGUAGGUGUGAUGUUGGGUCAACGAAAAGGUAAAAUUCUUCAUCCUAUUUAUUAUGCAAGUAAAACUUUGAAUAGUAGUCAGUUGAACUAUACGGUGACUGAGAAAGAACUUUUGGCUGUUGUUUUCGCAUUUGAUAAGUUUCGUUCAUAUUUGAUUGGGACAAAAGUGAUAGUGUUUACCGAUCAUUCUGCACUUAAAUACUUGUUUGCUAAAAAAGAAGCUAAGCCUAGGUUGAUUAGAUGGAUCUUGUUGUUACAAGAGUUUGACUUAGAGAUAAAAGAUAGAAAAGGAACARAAAACCAAGUAGMRGAUCAUCUAUCUAGGCUAGAGUCUUCUUUGCAGCAUGAUAGUUGUGAGAUUAAAGAGCAUUUUGUGGAUGAGUAUCUUUUAGCUAUUUCUGAAGUCCCUUGGUAUGCUGACUAUGCGAACUAUCUGGUGAGCAAAAUAAUUCCUAAUGAUUUGAGUAAGCACCAAAUAAAGAAGUUCUUUCAUGAUGUCAGGUUUUAUAAAUGGGAUGAACCUUUCUUGUUUAGACUAGGACCUGAUAAUAUUCUUUGUAGGUGUGUUGCUGAGCAUGAAACUAAUGGACUAGCAGAGGUAUCAAAUAGGGCAAUAAAAUCAAUUUUAGAGAAGUCCGUGAAUGUAAAUAGGAAGGACUGGGCUAUUAAACUUGAUGACGCUUUGUGGGCGUAUAGAACUGCUUAUAAAACUCCAUUAGGCAUGUCCCCAUAUCGCAUUGUUUUUGGUAAAGCAUGUCAUCUUCCAUUAGAAUUAGAACAUAGAGCAUAUUGGGCUACGCGGAAACUAAAUUUUGAUUAUGUUGCUGCAGGUGAAGCGAGAUUGCUCCAGUUACAUGAGUUAGAUGAAUUUCGUCAGUUUUCUUAUGAGAAUGCCAAGAUGUACAAUGAACAAACUAAGAAGUGGCUCGAUAAAAAGAUAAUGGACAAGAAUUUAGAACCUGAAAACUUAGUUUUGCUUUUUAACUCUAGAUUAAAGUUGUUUCCAGGUAAGCUUAAAUCUAGAUGGUCAGGGUCAUUUGUAGUUGAACAUGUUUAUCCACAUGGAGCGGUGGAUUUAAAGAGUUCUAAGCGUAAUAUCUUUAAGGUAAAUGGGCAUCGGGUCAAGAAAUAUUAUGGCGAGUAUAUUGACAGAGAACAAUUGAAUGUUGAUAGAGAAGAUGAAGAUUUUGGAGAAUUACCCCAAGAAGUGCAUGGAGAUGAGUUUGAGGACGAGGAAGACAAUGACGAUAUCUCUCAAUAUGAAGUGAAAGUACGAACUCCGGUGCACGAAUCUCAGCAAGUUGAUGAGGAGCCCCCUACAAAAGAGCAAGAAGGAACAUCUGGUCCUGUGGAUGUCCCUAGUGAGGCCAUGGAGGAAUCAUCUUCCUCUUCUUCACAAGGCGCAGUUUCUAGGCCUAGGACCCGCACCGCUGUAGCACGUUUGGCUGCUCAAAAAGAAGCCGAGGCUGGUCCAUCUAAAAAAGCCAAGACGGCUAGGGUGCAAAGAGUGGCAGAAGAGCCACUUGAGGAGGCCAACGAAGAGGAGCCCGAUUCUACCGAACAAACACCAUCAAGAGUAAAAAGGGUAAGAUUGGAGGUGAGGAGACCGACCUUCACGACACGUGAUAUCCUCCUUGAGAGAGGUUUUGAUGAAGCCCAAGAGCCGGUGCCGGAAUAUGUUAGGAAGAGGAUUGUGGAGAAUGGUUGGGAGACAUUGUUUGCCCCCAUUACACGUGUAUCAGAGGCCUUGGUGAAAGAGUUUUACACUGCCAUCAAUCCCAACCGAGGGGAUGAAGUGAGAGUAAGGGGUAAUGAGAUUUUGGUGCAUCCAUCGGACGAGCAAGUGGAGGAGGCGCGUAGGCUUAUUUGUAGACCGCAUAAGACAUGGACCAUCUCAACCAUGGGGAAGCUUUCCUUAAAGCCCCUUGACAUUAAUGAGCAAGCGACAGUUUGGAUGUAUGUGGUGAAGAAUCGGUUGAUACCCACUUCUUACGAUUCCUCCAUUAAGCGCAAUAGGGCGAUGAUAGUGUACAUUCUUGUGAAGGGCGUUGAGUUCAACUUUGGGGAACUCAUAAGGAACGAGAUACAGAGUUGCUCGGAGAAAUUGGCGGGAGUGGAGGCCGCUGAUGCCAAUGUUGUGAUGCCCAAGAAGCCGUUCAGAUCCCUAAGAAAAGUUCGGGGGUAUUCCAUUGUUCGAGAGGAAGAUUCUCCCAUUACCGCUGCGGAUCCCGAGACCCGAGGGGUGGUGACUAGGGAGCAGUAUGACGAGCUUAGGCACAAGUAUGAGCUUUUGUUAGUUACUCAACGUGCUACAUGUGCUUUCCUCAAGAAGAUAUACGGUGAUGAAGCACCUUCUUUCCCCGAUGAGCUGGCGGCCGAUUUACCAUCUUCUUCUCGUCUUCCUACCGAUUCCAACGAUGAUGAGUCUUCCGAUGAUGAAUAG